UCUUUCUUUUCAUGGAGAAAUUCGGGGAUAUGGAUUUAUUUUGUUGUACGCCGAAAAAGAAUUGAUAUUGGAUAUACCCACAAUGAGAAAAAAUUUUGAAGGCGACUAUAUGUGCGUAAGAUGGGACAUGUACUGUGACACACUCGGGAAUCUUUCAAUGGAACCUAAGCUUAUUGAUCAAAAAUAUAUAAAAGCACUAAGCCCUCAUAAAUUCUUUCAAAAAUCACGAAUUAGUUUAACAAAUAUUUUCAAAUCCACAUCGAAUGAUAAUCUUUCCCAAACGCGAGUUAUAUAUGUUGUAUCCCGUUUAGAAUCCAUAUUAGUAUGGGUUUUCGCAAUUUUGUUUAUUUUGACGAUAAUUGCAUUUUUGAUCUUGUUGUACAGUUACCGAAGGAUUGAAAAUUUAAAUAAGACUAAUUACUCCCAAGAGAAUACCCAGAACCAGAAUAUACCAACUGAAUACAAAAAUCAAGGACUCCAUUCUAGACCUGUAAGUAACGAAGAGAUCAAUUUAGACCUAGAAAGCCCGAAUGUUAGUGAUAGUGACUAUAUGAAAAACAGAGCUGGUAGAAAUUCACCAAAAGCGGAAUCUAAAGACAGUUCUACGAUGACAAAUCCUACUUUGAUGAUGGCCAGCAGAGGUUUUGACUCAAGAUUAGGACUCUACGAAUACAAACGCGAUGAACAUGGGAAGUGGAGACGUAGCUUUCUUUACAAAUCAUAG